AUGGAGCAACCUCAGACUCUCCGAUCCGUCUUCGACGAUGCAAAACGAGAAAAAACAGCACUGGAAACUCGUCCGGAUACAAACUCCGACACCUACCGAAGCGAUGUCAACGCGACAAUAGCAAAGUUCGAGGAAUGCCAGCGACUGGUGGGCGCGCUGUCGAUGUUCAGCUCGAACGAGUUAUUAGAAGACAUUUCGACAGUCGAUUUACAGUACCUGACGGUCGAAUAUCACAUUGCGGAGCUUCUCCAAAGAUCCUAUAACUCAGAUCGCGAGUCUACAUUGCGACGAGCUUUGGGAGAAUAUGAAAAAUAUCUAGCACGUUCUGAAGACUACGGACUUCUGAAUACGAGUGACAAAAAGCUGUACGAGCGAUAUGUAGCGAAUCCCUCCUCGUUCUCGUUGACGCAAACGAACGACCCCGCUACUCGGAGAGAAGUGAAAAUAACAAGGUUCAAAGAAGAGAAAGAGCUGAAGGAAAGACUCGAGUACUAUUCCCAGAACCAACAACGGCUGCAAAGUGACGAGGACGACGUACGUCAGCUCUACCUGGCGGAAAUCAAUUUAUACACCCAUCAGACCUUUCAGUCGUUGGACCUGCUAGCACAGGAACUUUCUAUGUUGUCGGCAAUUCGGCGGAUGCCCCCAAGACCCGAUAACUCGCAACAGCUUGAUGCGCGUGGGAGAAACAGGGGCAGUGCGGAAAAAUAUUCAGAGCGUUUGGAUCCGCCGAUAUCUCAACUUCUCCAGGGAGGCAAACUAGGACCGAUCUUGAACAAGGACGGAAAGCCAUUACAACCUUUCACACUGCUCGAUCGCCGUACGCAGCUUCGCGAUGGUGUUUUCCGGUCAGGGCAUAAUUUGCCUACAAUGACGAUUGAUGAUUAUUUGGAGGAAGAGAAGAGGCGCGGUGGCAUAAUCGAGGGAGGCGAGCCGGAACCAGUAGAGGUCGAUGAGGAUGAUCUGGACAAGGCCGAUGAAGAGACGAUGAAAGCGAGAGAAUGGGACGAAUACAAAGAAGCAAACCCUCGAGGCUCUGGAAAUACCUUGAAUAGGGGCUAA